UCUGGCAGAGCCAUAUAUUUAAGCCAUUCGCAUGAUGGUUAAUGUGACAAGUUUUCUUCUCACAGCAAAAAUGCCUCGUGACCAGGAAGUCCUCUUGUUUGCUUUCCUCGCAUUCCUUGCUCUUAUUUGUUGUCUCCCUUUUGUUGCUUGUCAAUGCAACAAAAAUCCAGUGAUUUUCAAUUUUGGGGACUCAAACUCUGACACUGGUGGCUAUUCAGCUGCACUGGGAUUCAACUUCGGAUAUCCUGACGGGCGCGCCUUCUUCCAUCAACCAACUGGCCGACUAUGUGAUGGACGUUUAGUCAUUGACUUCCUGUGUGAAAGUCUGAAGACCAAUUAUUUGACUCCUUAUCUGGACUCAUUGGAACCUAACUUCACAAAUGGUGUUAAUUUUGCGAUCAGCGGCUCAGCCACUUUCCCAAGAUACGUCCCCUUCAGUUUGGACGUUCAGGUUCUUCAGUUCAGACGCUUUCACAACCGCUCUCUCGGGUUCCAGUCUAAGGGUUUCAAAAAUCUGGUUACCGAAGAGGAUUUCAGAAACGCACUUUACACAAUUGAUAUUGGACAAAAUGAUCUAACAGCUGCAUUUAACUCCCUCUCAUAUGCUGACGUUGUUGCAAAAAUCCCUUCUUUCAUCUCUGAAAUAAGGGAUGCUAUGUGGGCAAUAUACCUUGUUGGAGGAAAGAAUUUCUGGGUGCAUAAUACAGGGCCACUGGGUUGUUUGCCUGAAAAGCUUGGCACGAGAAAAACCAACGCCACAGAUUUUGAUAAGUAUGGAUGCAUUAAGUCUCUGAACGAUGGUGCAAAAGUAUUCAAUGCCAAGCUAGACGGUCUUUGUCAAGAACUGCGGCAACAGAUGAAGAAUGUUAGUAUUGUGUACGUGGAUAUGUACUCCAUCAAAUAUGAUCUCAUUGCCAAUUCUGCUGCGUAUGGUUUCAAGAAUCCACUAAUGGCAUGUUGUGGGUACGGUGGAGCGCCGUACAACUACAAUCCGGACAUCAAGUGCCGGGACAGAGGAUACGAGGUGUGCGAGCAAGAGUUGGCAUACAUAAGCUGGGAUGGAGUUCAUUACACGGAGACUGCCAAUGCAAUUAUUGCCUCUAAAAUACUCUCGACCAACUACUCUGUACCUCCUCUUGGCUUCAACUUCUUCUGUAACAAAGCUUGAACUUUCUGCAAAUUAAAGCAAUCAUCAAUAAAAGGAGUGUUGUUGGAUUAA